UUGUUGGCUGGCUAAACACGAAAAAGAAAAUGGAGAAUAUGAAAUAUGGCGAAGAGCUUGUGAGGGAAUUUCUGUUCUUCAGAGGAUUCACAAACACUUUGCAAUCUUUCGAGAGAGAAUUGGCUACAGAUAUUGGGAAAGGAUUUCAUAAGGAUAAAAUCUUUGACCUAAUUUUUUCAGUAUACAUCCCUAAAUUCCAGGCAGAAAAUCUAAUUUCCUUGCUGACUUUUUUCAAACAAUGUUUUUCUUCAUCCGAAACCAUCUUGCUUGCUACCUUGUCCAAAUUGGAGAUCUCUGUUCUUCGAUAUUACAUCGUUCACGCCGUACAAUCAGGAAGAAAUGACAAGGUUAUCGAAUUUUUUGGAGUUCAUGGCGAUGAUUUGCUGCAAAGGGAUCAUGAUUGGAUGUCGUGGUUUGCGAUCCCGUAUAUCAAGAACCCUAGAUUGGAUCCCUUGUUUCGUGUCUACUUCUCUCGGGAGUGGUUUGAUGCCCUGCAUCUUUCUCUUAGGAACUUCUUGAGUGAAAUCUUCAAUGGAACUCGCAUUCCUGCAUUGCUGAAAAUCAGUUCAGAGAAACACACUGUGAACCAUCUCAAGAACGACAUCAAACAUCUAAACACCAGACUCUCACAACUUCAGGCUUUGUUGGAGGAAAAGGAGUCUCAAUUACGUCGCUCCAGGAGCAAUCUUUCAACUUCCCGCCAAUUAAGCAUUGAUGGUAACAAUGAAUCUAUGUGCUCUACUACACCUUUAUCUAAAGAAUCCGUUGUUUCAUCUGGUGAAGCUCAUUCAUCCACCACUCAUUUGAGUGGGAGAAAGUCCUUGGAAAAGGAUAUUAAUACACCGCAGGGUCAAAGUGAAAGCACUUCAAAAAGCAGUUAUGGUGGAUAUGGUGAUGAGAAGAAUGGUUCUAUUGAAACCGAUGAAUCACAGCAAGAAGAAGAUUUCCCAGAAGUGAAAGUAGACUUUCAGGAAACUUUUUUGGGCCACACAAGCCCAAUUAGUUGCUGUAGGUUUUCUACAUCUGGAGACAACAUUGCAAGUGCUUCUAUAGAUGGAACAGUUAGGGUAUGGACAUAUGACUCAUCAACUUCAGCAUCAAGAAAUGCAACAAUCUAUUGUGGGGCAGAGAUCAUGUCACUAGAAUGGGAUUGCAAAUCUGAUCGAUUGCUUCUCAUAGGCACUGCUGAUGGAGGAAUAAAAGCAUGGAAUGUUGAUGCAAAAAGAGUUGUUUGUGAUCUCAACACAACUGAAGCAUUUCCAAGUGUUCUUGACCUAAAAUGCAGCCCAGUUGAACCACUUUUUGUGUCUGCAGCAGCUUCCAGAAGAAAUGGCACAAAUUUUAUAGAUAAAUUGGGAUUUGCAUCAUUAACUGUUUGGAACAUGAGGACAUGGAAGCCAAUGACAGUGCUUCCACUUGGGAAAGAUCCACCUGCUAUCACCUCACUAUGCUUCAACCACAAUGGAAAGAUUCUAGCAGCUGCUGCUACUGAUGGAAUGAUUCACAUGUUUGAUAUGUCAGCAGGCCUACAAAUAACUGGAUGGCCAGCUCAUGAUUCUGCUAUCAGCUCUGUUCUUUUUGGGCCUGAUGAAACUAGUAUUUUUAGCUUGGGUAUAGAUGGAAAGGUAUUUGAGUGGAGCUUACAAAAUCAGGGUAAAGUUCUUUGGUCAAGAAAUUGCAACAGGUUGAGUAAUGUUGAGAGUUCCGAAUAUUAUAGACAUGAAAUGGCUUUAGAUGCAAAUGGCAAACGACUUUUAGUCACAUCUGAUUCAGUCAGAGCACCAAUAUAUCAGGUUCAAGAUGAUAUGAAUGGGAUGAAAAGCCUUCCUCAUAGUGCAGCCAUAUCAACAGUAGAUUGGCACCCGACCCUGCCCAUUUUCCUCACCGGGUCAGUGGAUAAUUCCGUCAGGGUCACAUCCAUUUUAUAACUCUCUCUCUCUUUUUUUUUUAAUAGAAUAGGUUUUUUUAUUUAUUAUUAUUUUUUUUAAUAGAGGGUUUUGUUUGUUUUUUGAAGGAAGUGAUUUAAGUCUGAAUAUAUGAAUUACUUAAAGUAUAUGAUGUGUAACUUUUUUUUUUUUAAUUAUUUGAUGUUUGUUUGAGAGUGGUAAUGGAAUUAGAUUGAAGUCGUUAUGGAGA